UGCAAAAUGGAAAGAAAGAAAACCCUAUAUAUAAAACCAGAUUAUUGUUAUUAUAAUGUUAUUGACCAAAGCGUUUUAACCAAAAUGAUGUUUUUCUCUCCAAACCACCUGCUUAAGGCAACAUAAUAGCUUGAGAAAAACAAAAUAGAAAGCUCCUUUUAAUCAGAUGAAUACCUUCACAAAAGCAGACGUUUGAUUCCAGUCGAGAGAGAUACAUAGAGAGAAUCACCAUGUGUGACUUGGAGUUUAUUCUCUUUCUUCUGGGUUUGGCUCUUCUUAUUAUCCUUAGCCUAUAUAGAAGAAAACAAAAUUACUCUGAGAAUCUCCCACCAGGAAAUAUGGGUUGGCCUUUUCUUGGUGAAACCAUUGCUUAUUUGAAGCCAUAUACAGCUACUACAAUAGGAAAAUUCAUGGAGGAACAUAUUUCCAGAUAUGGAAAAAUCUACAAAUCCCAUUUAUUUGGCGAGCCGACGAUAGUAUCGGCUGAUGCAGGGCUGAAUAGAUUCAUUCUACAGAAUGAAGGGAAAUUGUUUGAGUGCAGCUAUCCCAGAAGCAUAGGAGGAAUUCUUGGAAAAUGGUCUAUGCUUGUUUUAGUUGGUGACAUGCACAGGGAUAUGAGGAUUAUAUCUCUCAAUUUCUUGAGCAAUUCCAGGCUCAGAACCCAUCUUCUAAAAGAAGUUGAAAAGCAUACUUUACUAGUUUUUGACUGUUGGAUUGAAAAUUCUAUCAUUUGUGCACAGGAUGAAGCCAAGAAGUUUACAUUCAACUUGAUGGCUGAACACAUAAUGAGUUUGGAGCCUGGAAAACCAGAGACUGAGCAGUUGAAAAAAGAGUACAUAACAUUCAUGAAAGGAGUGGUUUCUGCUCCUUUGAAUUUUCCCGGAACUGCAUACAGAAAGGCUCUACAGUCUCGAUCAAAAAUCCUUAAAUUUAUCGAACAAAAAAUGGAGGAAAGGGUGAAGAAAAAGAGUGAAGAUGAUCAAAAUGAAUUACUUGGUUGGGUUCUCAAGAAUUCCAAUCUUUCAAAGGAGCAAAUUCUUGAUUUGGUUCUGAGUUUAUUAUUUGCUGGCCAUGAAACCUCAUCUGUAGCCAUAGCUUUGGGCAUUUACUUCUUACAAGGGUGUCCCACUGCUGUUCACCAAUUAAAAGAAGAGCAUGCAGAAAUUUCUAAAGCUAAGAGGGAAUUAGGCGAGACAGAAUUGAGCUGGGAUGAUUACAAGAAAAUGGAAUUCACACAAUGUGUUAUAAGUGAGACAUUAAGGCUGGGGAAUGUGGUGAGAUUUCUUCACAGGAAAGCCAUAAAAGAUGUAAGAUAUAAAGGUUAUGACAUUCCAUGUGGGUGGAAAGUAUUACCGGUGAUUUCAGCAGUGCACUUGGAUCCUUCACUUUUUCACCAACCUUGCCACUUCAAUCCAUGGAGAUGGCUGCAGAAUAAUAAUCGCGGAAGUCAAAACGCGACAACAGCUAGUCAUAACUUCAUGCCAUUUGGGGGAGGACCACGACUUUGUGCAGGAACAGAGCUGGCCACACUGGAGAUGGCUGUAUUCAUACACUAUCUAGUCCUCAAUUUCCAUUGGGAGUUAGCCGAUACGGACGAAGCCAUAGCAUUUCCAUUUGUCGAUUUUCCCAAGGGCUUACCCAUCAGAGUCCAACGCCACGCUUUAUAGUCGGGAUAAAAUUGUCGAUCAAAUUUUAAAAAUGAAUGGUGUGGUGAAAAGGGCAAAAUGAACAAAGUCGUGAUGUUUCGAUUUUUAGAAACUGAAUUUUUAUUGGAUUUUUUUGACCGUCUGCUCGAACUUCCUAGAAAAAAAGACGUAAAACAAGUUUGCUCCAAAUUAUAUUAGGAACACAUAUAUCUAUAUCUAUAUAUUCUCAUUCUCGUGUGAAUUGUA